AUGAAACCAUUGAUUUAAGAUAAAACAACCAGGUAAGCAUCUUAAUACUUUGAAUUUUAUGCGGAAUACAAAUAAUUUAGUAUCUGGGGGGUUAUGAUAACUUAAUUAUAAAAUGAUAGUGUUAAUAAACCAUAAGGGAACAUACUGAAAGAGUGUAUUCAUUAAGUUUAAAUGAUCAAUAAAAUAAAUUGAUUUCUUGUUCAUCUGAUUAAUAAAUAUUAGUAAUAGAAUACUCAUAGUUGGAGAAAAAGUGGAGCGUUAAAUAGAAGAUAAAACUAGAUUAGUAUGGAUUAAGAUUAUGUUUUAUAAAUGAUAACUAAUUUACACUCUAACGUUAUUGUGAAGAAU